CUCACAAGCAAGAGAUUAGCAGAUCAACCAACAAUGGAGAAAGACCACAAACCAACCAACUCCGACCUCUUCUCUAGCGCUAAGACGGUGGCCGACGCUGCGAAAUUCUCGCUCAACAACGAAACCGACAAGUUCGACAAGGGCAAGGUUGCCGGCUCUGCUGCUGAUCUCUUGGGCGCUGCCCAAGACUACGGGAAGCUGGAUAAGAACACGGGUGUUGGCCAAUACGUGGACAAGGCUGAGACUUACCUGCACCAGUACCAGACUUCCAAUCAAUCCGCCCCGGCCGCCAAGCCGGAGUCACAUGAAGGUGAAAAAGGAAAAGAGUCUGCUGGAAGUGCUGCAGCAUGUGGUGUUGGAGGUGCGGAUUACAUGAAGAUGGCUCAAGGUUUCUUAGGCAAAUAAAAUUAUGUAUACAACUUAUUAGA